UGACCGCAAUUUGGUGUUGAUUUUUGUCUGAAAAUUCUGCUUAGUAAGAACGAUCAAUUAAAUUAUAGCUUUUUGUAUUUCAGACAAAAUGCUUGUAAAAUAUUUAUGCAAGAGAUUGUUAUUUAUUUUCACGUGUGCUCAUGGCGCUAAAAUCCUGGCAGUUCUGCCAGUGCCGUCCCCAAGUCACGGGAUUUUCAAUCACGUCCUCAUGGAAGCCUUAGCCGAUCGUGGCCACGAUUUGAUCGUCUUUUCGGGACGCGAGGCAAAAAGCCGACCACAUUUGCGCUACGUCCACCUGAACGGCUCCUUCAGCAACGCUGAAACUGUUUCGUUUGAAAGCGUCGGCACUUUCGGCCCAUUCGGCAACAUGCAAUUCGUGUUUGGCACUGUCUACAACACGUGCAAAGUGCAGCUUGAGGCCCAAGGAAUGAAAGAACUGCUGAGAUUGGAGGAAAGCUUUGAUUUGAUAAUUUAUGAGUCGGUCGGAUUUGACUGCUUUUUGGGCGUUUUGCACAAGUUUCGCGGCACCGCCACCGUCGGCAUUUCGGCCCACGGCCUGUCCCACUGGAAUUUUGACGCCCUGAACUUGUGGACACCACCUGCCGCGUACCCUUUAGAGUUUCUGCCCGUGCCCAGCGCCAUGAGCUUUUGGCAGCGUCUGCACAACUGGCUCUUAACGCAAAUCGUUCAGCUCAAUUACUGGCUCGUCCACACACCCAGACACCAGGCCCUGGCGGAGGAACACUUCGGCCCUUUGCCACCGAUUCGUUCAUUGGAAACGUUCAACGUGUUUCUCAGCAACUCCGGCCCCGUCGGGCUCGACCCUGGCAGGUUUUUGCCCCCCGCCGUGAAGGAAGUUGGAUGUAUUCAGUGCAGUAAUGGAAAUCAGUUGGGAAGAAAAUAUUCGGAUUUCCUCGAAGAGAUGGAAAGUUUUAUUUUUAUGAGCUUUGGGUCCAAUAUUAAAAGCAGCUCGCUCCCGAAUGAAACGAUUCAAAGCAUUUUGCAAAGGUUUGGGGAACUUGACAUGAAAGUGAUCUGGAAAUUCGAGUCUGAGAGCGUGCCAGAUAAGCCGGCUAACGUGAUGAUAGACAAGUGGGUGCCUCAACAAGAUAUACUUGCUCAUCCGAAGCUGCGCCUCUUCAUCACACACGGCGGCCGAUUGAGCGUUCAAGAGGCGUUAUUUCACGGCGUUCCGAUAUUGGCAAUUCCCUUUUAUUCCGACCAGCAUUUGAACGGACAAGGCGUAGUGGACAAAGGCGUGGGAGUCAAACUGAGCGUUGCUGAUCUUGGGAAAAGAAAAUUCGGCCAAGCAAUUGCUCAUAUGCUGGAGAACAACAGCUUUUCGAAGCAGGCGAAGGAAAUGUCGAGAAUCGCAAAGGACCAGCCGGAAAGUGCGUUGGAGAGAGCGGUUUUUUGGACAGAAUACGCGAUUAGGCACAAAGGUGCCGAGCACUUGCAACUAGCCUGGAGAAACGAGAGUUGGUUUAAAUUGUAUUCGCUUGACGUGGCAGCCGCGCUUGCUGCUGUUUCUGUUCUAAUUAUUUAUUUGUUAUUCAAAAUUAUUGAUAGAAAAUUAUUUUAAAAAAAUUUGAUAUUAAUUGUAAAUUCAUUAUAAUAAAUUAAAAUAAAAUAUGAAAUGUAUUGUAUAUAUGUUAUCCAGGUAAUAAAAGCGUAAUUUAAAGGCGG